UGGAUUAUCAUUUGCUGACUGUUUUGUCUGAGUACACAUUGCUACAGACAGUUGUAAUGAUAUUGAAACAAAACGACGAAGUGUUCAAACGUGUGUGUAGUCUGUAUAAACAUUUUAUUAUUUGGGAAUACCGGUGGUUUUCGGGGCGUUUCCCACUGUCUGUCAGCAGUUUUGAUAGGUUCAAAUCGCGUUCUGUAAUGUAGCCAUUGGCUCUGGCUACUAAUCUUUCCUUGACAUGCAAGCCAACAACAGGGCACAUAGCUAGCUAGUGCAAAGAACCACUGAAACUGAAAGUAUGGAUUCCACUCCGACUAUCGGAGAGUUGUUCCAUACCCUGUGUGAGAUGGGCUUCAGUGAGGAGCAGAUCCAGUCCGCCGUGCAGGCAGGACACUUCUCAGUGCCUGAUGCAGCUGAAUGGCUUUUACAAGGUGAAAAUCUGAGGCACAAGCUGGUCAAAAAUCCAUCCCAGCCAGUUUCAACGCCGUUCGCUGCAUUUAACCCUCCCAAAGAUGCGGGGAGCUCUUGCCCCCCAAGCACAUCACACUCACAGACAUCGCCCAAUGACAGUAGAGGCCCCUCUUUAGUCCUGGGACCCACGCAACCCACCAGCCCAUCCACAGACACCCCACCGCUGGAGUCACGUAUCAGGCAGGACAAGAGUGACUUUCAGGAGCAGCAGAGGAUGCGUGUGGCCAACGAGGCCAGGAACGAGAGGAGGCAGAAGAAACAGGAGCGUGAGCUGGUGCUGAAGCGUAUUGCUGAGGACCGGAGGAGCUUACAGGAGAAGAAGACCCAGCCGAGCGCCUCCACUGAGACCACGUCCCCCCCUGGCAGCAGCCAAGGCCAGAGGCUGGGGGGUACGGUUCAGACUAGUGUAGACAACAACUGCAUCCUCAUGAUCCGGCUACCCUCUGGGGAGUCCAUGCGGGAGCGCUUCCCUGCCGACGCCCCUCUGCGCAGCGUGAUGGAGCACAUCUCCGGGCGCUACCCCUCCCUGGCCUCCUUUUCCCUCCUCCAGGGGUUCCCACGGAAACGCUUUGGGGAGGCGGAGCUGGCUUGCUCCCUGCGCUCCCUGGGCCUCACGCCCAACGCCGCCCUCUGUAUCCAGACCACGCCCCCAGAAACACCCCAGGAUCCGGCCAGCCCAGCUGCACGCCUCUUAUUGGGCCAGGAGGAGGUGGUGGUUCCACCCCCUGCACUUCCCCAGCCACAGCAGCCCCAGAUACCAGAGCUGGAGGAGGAAGGGAUCGAGGAUCCCGCUCGGCCCCCACCUCUGCCUCACCAGCUGUGGGAAGAAGCAGUGGGCUACGCAGGCAUCCCUGGUGUUGGGCCCCCAAUGACCGGACCUUCUCACUCCUGGGGACGAGGCCAGAAGCUGAAUCCUGGUGAUGCAGAGGAGGCUGCCAGCUCAGAUGAUGAAGAGAUGCCAGAAGGGGGUAGAGAGCCGCCCUUCUUCCUCAAUGCAGAUAUGCCCCGAUUACCCUUCUUCCCAGAGAACCGGCUGCGUGGAGUGCUGGAGCCCAGACACCACUGGCCAGACCAGGGCAACAGACUUAGAUGCAAACGUGGUUGUGUCUCACCCAGGGAGGGGGUGGCAGAGGAUCCAGCAGUGGAGCCAGAGGAGGCUGCAGGUUGUGUGGUGCCGGGGGCAGCGGGCCAGGCUGCAGUAGAGCGCCUCCAGAGAGCUGCCCAGGACGACCCCCAGGCCACUCAAGGUCACCCAUCCCCCCCCAAGAAACCCUUCAGGACGCCCAGCGUCCCCUCCCUCUGUGUCAUGGCCACCCGGGCCACAGUCAACCUCAUGACAGCUCCCAGCAUGCAGUACAGCAGCAGUCUGUCGUGUCUGACCCCUGAACUGGCCGAGCUCCUGCUCAGUCACAUGACCCGCGAGAGGCUCCUUCGCCCGCGCACCCUGGAACUCUUUUUCGGCUGCCCAAUGCAGAAGUUUGUCCUCAACUGCUACCCGUACUCCACCAACGAGCUGCUCCGGCAGCUACGGGCCUUCACUGCACUGAAGCACCUGAGCCUGGUCAACUCUCCUCUCAUCACAGACGCAGGCCUCUCUGUGCUGUGCAGCCUACUGAAACUGCAGCACCUGAACCUGGCCUCAUGUAGCAAGCUAACAGACUCCUGUCUGCAACACAUUACAGGCUUGAAGAGCCUGUCUUUCCUGUCGCUAGACCAGACCAAAGUAAGCGAUGUAGGGAUGGUGCUGUACCUGCAGUCUGCUCCUUCGACACUCACCCAGCUUAGUCUGAACCAGACCUCUAUCACGGAGGCCACCCUGGCAGCGCUGCCCGCCUGUGUGCCCCAGCUACGACUGCUCAGCAUCAAACACACUAAGGUGAGUGACGUGUCGGCCCUGGCUGAACUUCCCAGCCUGCAGACCCUCUACCUAGACGGCACGGCGGUGAGGGAGGGCUCUCUGGAGCACCUGGCCACCCACUCCGCCCUCUCUGCCCUCAGCGUGGCCGGCAUCUCCGUCGCUGAUGGCAACAACGUUCUCCAGAUCAUCUCAGGUCUCCGGCUGACCCAGCUGACCCUGCCUGGACGCCACUCGGUGACGGACGCCGGCCUGGCCUUCCUCUCCAGACUGUCCCUGCUGUCCGAGCUGGACCUUACUGACUACACAUACGUCACCGACCAGGGGGUCACCCAGCUGGCUACCAUGACCAGGCUGAAGAGGCUGUCGCUCAGCAACACCCAGGUGACGGACGCGGGGCUGCCCUCCCUGCGCUGCCUGCAGGAGCUGCUGGAGCUGUGUCUGGACCGCACGGCCGUCACCAGCCGAGGAGUGGCCGCCCUCGUCGCCGGUCUGCCACACCUGCAGGUAUUAAGCUUGGCCAGUACUCAGGUGGGCGACACGGUCGUGAGGAGAGGUCUGGUCCACUGUGUCCAGCUCUUCAAGCUCAACCUCAGCCGGACACGCAUCACUGACCACGGACUGAAGUUCCUGAAGUGCAUGUGUCUGACCCAGGUGAACCUGGACGGCUCGGGCGUGACCCUAUCGGGCAUCGCCAACCUGGUCGCCUCCUGUCCCCACAUCACCAGCAUCAGGGCCAGCAACCCGCGAGCCAUCCCCCCUGACCAGGUCUCCGACGACAACGACGGUGACAAUCAGUAGGGGGAUGAGUAGUGACCCCGCCCAGCCCUUUCUGAUGAGGCUUGGGUCAGCUAGCUAGUAGCUUCCGCUGUGCUCGGCGGUAUCAGCCCCAUGUUUCUGCAUCCAGCUGACAGGCUCAGCGUAGUCUGGGUGAAGAGAAACCCAGCUCUAACUGCACUGCUUCAACAGCGGCUAGUGGCACUACUCGCUCAAUCACAAGUCCACCAUAAUAGCUGUCGAAACCUUAGAAGGGUGCCUUCUUGUGCUUCUAAAGGUCUAGAUGGGAUCCCUGCUCCCUGUAGUUAAUCUCAACCCCCAUUUAAAGUUAUUACGACGAAGUCUCACGUAAGUGUGCUAUGUUGAUCCCGGUGUAGGGUUCAGUUGUCCCUAAACGCAGAUUUUGGGUCAGUUUUGCAUUUCUCCCGCUAAUGGUUCAGUGUAGGAUUGGGGGAGGGAAAGCUGAUCCUAGAUCUGUACCUAAGGGAAACGUCACUCCAGAGUGUAGAUCCCCCUGGGCCUGGCAGAGGUAUAGUAUGCAUGAUGUCCAAUCUACAUAAAGCAAAGGAACUAUGAUUAGGAAUUGAUCAGGGAUAUAACCCUAAUAUAUCACAGCAUGUUUUCACCCAGAUUUUUCUGCCUGAAUUAUCUAACGAAUCAGUUAACACUACUGAGGUCCAACAUUUAACUCCAGUUUUACUUACUUCAAAAAACGAAAUUUUGGGGGUGGUUCAAGCUAUCUACAGUUGAAGUCGGAAGCUUACAUACGCCUUAGCCAAAAACAUUUAAACUCAGUUUUUCACAAUUCCUGACAUUUAAUCCAAGUAAAAAUUCAAUUUUAGGUCAAUUAGGAUCACCACUUUAUUUUAAGAAUGUGAAAUGUCAGAAUAAUAGUAAAGAGUGAUUUAUUUCAGCUUUUAUUUCUUUCAUCACAUUCCCAGUGGGUCAGAAGUUUACAUAUACACUCAAAUAGUAUUUGGUAGCAUUGCCUUUAAAUUAGGUCAAACGUCGUUUCGGGUAACCUUCCACAAGCUUCCCACAAUAAGUUGGGUGAAUUUUGGCCCAUAACUGAGUCAGGUUUGUAGGUCUCCUUGCUCGCACAUGCUUUCUCAGUUCUGCCCACAAAUUUUCUAUAGGAUUGAGGUCAGGGCUUUGUGAUGGCCACUCCAAUACCUUGACUUUGUUGUCCUUAAGCCAUUUUGCCACAACUUUGGAUGUAUGCUUGGGGUCAUUGUCUAUUUGGAAGACCCAUUUGCGACCAAGCUUUAACAUCCUGACUGAUGACUCAAAUGAUGUCAAUUAGCCUAUCAGAAGCUUCUAAAGGCAUGACAUAAUUUUCUAAGCUGUUUAAAGGCACAGUCAACUUAGUGUAUGUAAACUCCUGACCCGCUGGCAUUGUGAUACAGUGAAAUAAUCUGUCUGUAAACAAUUGUUGGAAAAAUUACUUGUCAUGCACAAAGUAGAUGUCCUAACUGACUUGCCAAAACUAUAGUUUGUAAACAAGACAUUUGUGGAGUGGAUGGAAAACGAGUUUUAAUGACUCCAACCUAAGUGUAUGUAAACUCCAGACUUCAACUGUACUAACAUUUGAUUAGCCAGCAAGUGGAAAGCUAAGCAUUGUUGGUGGUUGUGGAGAGGUUGACUUCUCAAAGCAAAUAGUGGGCCAUGAUAUGGGUUGCAUAUUGAGUGGUUGGGUUCAACAGCAGGAAUCCAAAGCAUCUCCGUUCAUAAUGAAUAUAGUUUUGCUUCUUAUGUUAUGUUUACACAGAUGUAAAAUAAGGUUUAUUUUCUCAAAAUGUAAAUGUUUUAGAUAAGUGCACUGUAUUCCCUACAUUGUCAAAGGAAAAUGCAGAAUUAAAAGCUGCAUUUUGAAAGAUGUUGUGUUUGUUCAAAGACCCCAAAAUAUGAGACAGUAAGUAUUCAAUUGUCAAUUCAGUAAUUUAUUCAGACAAAUCGUUAUUGCAAUACGUUAAAUAAAAAUAAAAGGCAUAAUUAAUGCUCUUUUGCACAAAUGAC